GUAACGCUGUUUAUUAUUUUUAAUAAAAUUGAAAAUUCAAUUCUUUCGACGUAUUCUAAAUGAAUACAUUUAUUUUUCUUUUGAACAUCAUCGUUUGAAAAAUAGAUACUAACAACUAGAAUGGAUGCCUCUGAUUUUAAAGACUAUUUAUCAAAAUAUAAUAUCCAUGAAUUAUUUAAGGGACUAAUGUUUGGGUUAAUAUUAUCCAAACCUUCAUCACCUAUUAAAUACCUCAUUGAAAGUCUACAGAAUAUCCAAAACCAGAGUAUACGAUCAAUAACAUGGAGGAACUUUUUUGAUGGCAAAUCUCAAGAUCCUCAGGUACCUGUAGAGCCACCUCCAGAAGUAAAAGAAGUAAGGUCUAAUCUGACAUUUAUGGAAAUCCCAGGUCUGAUGCCAGAAGGCAAUGUUCCAGAUGGAAUUCCAUCUCUUGAAUCCCCUGAAGAAAAUAUACCUCUUACUCAGAAGCCAGUUGUACUUAUAUUAGGUCCACCAGAAUCAGAAAAAGUAAAGUUUGCACGAGAACUCAGAAACGGCUACCCCAACUGGGUUAUUGUAUCAAGAUUUACAUACACUAUCCUGAAGUUUGUCACCAUGGAAACACUUAAAGAAACUCCUAUGGAUAGAAGUUUUAUUCAGAAAAACCUUGAUAAAUGUCCAGAAGCUCGAUGUUUUAUUGUGGUAGAUUAUCCUACAACCAUGGAGCAGGUUGCAGCUUUUGAAAAUUGCAUAAAAACUGACCAGAUUAUAGUUGUGGUUUACAUACAUACUGAAGAAUCAACGACCAUUGAGAAAUGUCUUACAAAGUUACAAGCAAAGGUUGAUAUAAAUGCAAACAUCCCAGGAUUGAUUGCUCUUCAUGUCCAAACUUACAAAGAACGAAUGAGUCCAGUUAUUGCACAUUACAAGAGAAUUAAUAAAUUAAUUGAAAUUGAUAAAGAUACCAAACAAGAUAAUGUCAUUUCGGAAAUCAGGAACCUUAUAAAGGAUUCUCUCGAUGGAAAACCACAAUCAGAAAUACAGAUGCAGUUACAGUGCAUGUCAGUUUAUAGUGAUUUGGAGACUUCAUCAAAAGAGAUAACAUAUCCUUCAGAACUCUCUUUUUAUCCACAUUUCCCAAAAUGCCCAAUGAUUCUUCUAACAGGUAUCCCAGGUUGUCAAAAAUUGCUGCAUGCUACAACAUUGGCAUCGCAAUAUCCUAGACUGGAUUUUAUUUCUAUUGGUCAGAUGGUAUGUAAUGGUAUUAAUGAUCCCAAAAAUCCUGACUGUAGCCAGUGGAAAACUACUGCAACACUGAUUAGAAAUGACGAAUUUAUACAACAGUUUGAUGUGAAUGAGUUAAUCAAUAAAAAAAUUGAUGAUGCUGUGCAACUAAAGCAAUUAAUUAUAGUGCUUGGUUAUCCCAAGAACAUUACUCAACUUGACCAAUUCAAUAAUAUGAUUGGUUUACCUACAACAAUGAUCCACUUAAGAUGCCCUAAACAGGAAGCUGUGAAAGUUCUAAUGGAGCGCAGUGCAAGGGCUUCAUAUUCAGUGAACAAUCUAUUAGCUAUAACUAACGAGAUCACUUGUUUUGAGACACACACCUUACCUGUCAUUAAUUAUUAUGAUGAUUUGUCCAGGCUAGUCACGUUGGAUACUGAGAAUAAAUCAUUUGAAACAGUGAACAAUGAGAUUUAUCAAGAAAUAAAAAAAUUUAUUCCUCGGAGUGAAUACAGUUAACAACACUUUUAAAGAUGAAAUCAAGCAAAAGUAAAGAGAAGGAUGAUGAUAUUGGGAACUCUAGACUGGAAAAUUGUCAGGAUCCAUGAGCACAUUCUACAGGCCAUAUCAACUUUAUGGGUGUUGGACACUCCAGCAAUAGUUGUUGUCCACAGUUACAACAAAGUCUGACAUUAUUUGAAGGAAGAGAAUAUGACUAUUUAAAUACAUCUAUUUUGCAAAGUAAACGAGCUCAAAUUUUUCCUCAUUUAUCAA